GGCCCCGACGGGAAAGGGCCGGAGCCGUGCAGGGCGCGCGCGCGAGGCCACGCCCGCCGGAGCCCGCGGGGUCCAGCCUGGGCAGGAGGGAGCCUCCGGGUGACCGCGUCUACCUGCCCGACCUCUAACCCUGCAGGGCGUGGGGAAGGGGCUGUGGGCCUCCGGCUCAGCGAGCAGCAGGUCGCGGCGGGGUCAUGGCAGGCGCGCGCUUGUCCAUCAUCUCUGACGCUUUGCUGGGGAGGACUGGAAGUGGCGCCCGGAAAUAUUAGGAAGACGUGAUUUUCAAAGCUAAUUAUGAAAACAUUUGUCAUUGGAAUUGGUGGUGUGACAAAUGGUGGGAAGACAACGCUGGCUAAGAAUUUGCAGAAACACCUUCCAAAUUGCAGUGUCAUAUCUCAGGACGAUUUCUUCAAGCCAGAGUCUGAGAUAGAGACAGAUAAAAAUGGAUUUUUGCAGUAUGAUGUGCUUGAAGCACUUAACAUGGAAAAAAUGAUGUCAGCCAUUUCCUGCUGGAUGGAAAACCCAAGACACUCUCUGGUAUCGACAGACGGGGGAGGUGCUGACGGGACUCCCAUUUUAAUCGUUGAAGGUUUUCUUCUCUUUAAUUAUAAGCCCCUUGACACUAUAUGGAGCAGAAGCUAUUUUCUGACCAUUCCAUAUGAAGAAUGUAAGAGGAGAAGGAGUACAAGGGUCUACGAGCCUCCAGACCCCCCGGGGUACUUUGACGGCCACGUGUGGCCCAUGUACCUAAAGCACAGGCAAGAAAUGGAGAGCAUCACGUGGGAAGUUGUUUACCUAGAUGGAACAAAAUCUGAAGAGGACCUCUUUUCACAAGUGUAUGAAGAUCUAAUACAAGAACUAGCAAAAAGUGUUGGCAAGUAACAACAUAAAGAUGGAAUGCAGCAAAUCCUUCCUGGGGUGAAUUGGGAAACUCAAAGGAAUAUAUUUAAGAGCCUUAAUCAAGAUACAAUAUGUACUGUAUGGUACAAUGACAGCUGCUGUUUUGUGUGUUUAUUUUUUUAUCGUACGUGGUUUUCCCAACGUGGAACAGUAAAUAUCCAUGCCAAUGGACAGAAUCUGCCUUAAGGAGUUACUCUUACUACAGAGAAUGCAUAGAUACAGCAUAGCUCACGAACAGUAAGUCAAUUCCUCUAUCCCAAUGACUGUCAAACUUUUUUGACUGGAACCCAGAGUAAGAAAUAAGUAUUACAUCACAAUCCAAUAUAUAUAAAAUCCAUUGUGUAUGUGUUUGUGUACGUGUGUGUAUGUGUGGAUGUAGGUGUGUGUUUAUGUAUGGAUGUGUAUACACACACACAUCAAGUAUCACAAGACAUUGAUCUUACAUAUUAUGUACUGUGACUUUUUUUGAGUUUUAAUUUUUUUAUAUUGAUUAUAACCCACAGUUUGGAAAAUGCUGCUGUGUACCAUCCCAUACCAACACUUACCACCUGCAAAUAAUAGCAUUACUGGGAGUAGUAGUCACAUUGAAUAAAUCAACAAUUUGCUGCAGUA